CAGGCAACAACUCCACCUCCAAGUCAAGACUGACAACACCACAUUUUCCCAUGAUUGACCAUCUCAUUAUUCUCAUGAGAUCCCCUUUCUGUUUUGAUGGUCUUGUUUCUUUGAUUGCCAAAGUUGUCAAUCAAGGGUUGAAAGCGGCAUCCAAACGUCCAUUGGCUCAUUCCGGUACCGGUGGCAGACCCCCGUGUUAUAAUUUUUCUGUCUUGCAUUCGUAAGGAAGAGGCACAUCGCUAGAUUGUUUGAAGCCGACCAGAACAACGGCAACGUCGACAGAGAGACAGCAUCCCUCCCUCUUGACAGAAUCCCCGCCGUCGCCUCAAAUGAUGAACGUAGAAAACCCCGAAUCCAACGAUAAGGGUGAGCUGAACACCAGCGAUGCUCCGGAGGAAACACCAAUCAGUGAUGGCAGCAGCAACAGCAACAACAGCAAUAACAGCAGCAACAAUAGCAGCAAUAAUCUGAACAAAUCCGUUACAUUUUCCAACAGCGACACGAGUUGGAUAUCGAAACGAAACAUGUCGCCCAGCUCAUCUGACCACAACAGCAUGGCCAAUAAUAACAAGUCCGUGUCCUUUUUGGAAGUUGAAGACGACAAUGACAAUUCGGGCCGUGUGGCCGCCACCAAAGCCAAACUCCGAGAUUCCUUUUCGGCAUCCACCAUCCUUCGCGGUAGCGGCAGUUUUGGUGGCGGCAUGGACGAAUCUUGGGGUGGAGCACUCAGUUUGGACGAUCUCUCCAUGAGCAGCUCUUCUUCAACGGGAGAUUCCGAUGGUGAUUCUCUGGGAGAUCUCGUGGCGACGGGUGGCACUUCGGGCAUGGAUGCCAGUGAAGCCAACUUUCGAGCACGAGCACAACAAUCCAUUUCCUUCAACAUGAGUUUUAUGAAUGUUGGGCUCGAAGACGACGAACCACUGCUGGCAGAUCUCGGUGGUAUGGAGGCAUCUACUACUGCUACUAAUAUGGGAGCGUCGUCCCGGCGUCGGCGCAACACGGGUCGAGGCAGUAUUUUUGUCAUUGCCGAUGACAAGUUUGGACAAACCAAAGUCGUACAAUCUCGUUUGGAAAAGGCGGCCAAAAAGAUGCAACGAUUCUUUCGAAAGUGUCUCUUGGUGCUACGACAGUAUACCCAGGAACGAGAGUACUUUGAAAAUGAAAUUGUCGACAUUGAAACACGGCGCGUGGAAGAAUUGGCAGAUGUGCAACGGUUCAUCCAGGAGGAAAAGGAAAGCUUUCGCAUGGAACUGGAACAUGAGUGGAAUUCCAGUCUCUUGACACCGGAAGAAUGGGAUGCCUACCACAAAGAACAGGAUGAUUUGAAAGCGCAGACACAGGCAUUGAAAACAGAAAAUGAACAGCUCAAGGAGGACAUUAAACAAUUGGCUCGCGAAAACAAGCAACUCGAAAUUGUCGACCCAGAGCGUGAAGCCGAACGCAGUCGGUUGGAAAAACAAAUGCCCAAACUGGAAAAAGACCAUGCCGAUUGGACACGGAUCGAGGAGCACUAUGGGUCAGCUUGCACCCAGGCGCAACGCCAAAUCGACAUGAUUACGGAACGAAGAAAGAAAAGGCGGGAUCAGCGCAAGAGAAUUGAAAAGGCCAUCAAGGAGAUUAUCAAGCUCCUGGAAUCUUCGCCCGCCACGGAGGACGAGAGCUCCAAAAAGAUGUUGGAAAAGGUCAAGAAACUGCAGAGCAAGCGGGAGAAAAGGCUGAAAAAGCUCAAAGCCAAAACGAUCAUGGAACAACAAAAGCAACAAUUGACAGGCAUUGCCGAAGAAGGGGAGGAGGACCAUGAAGAAGAGGAAACAGAAAAGCGACGACUAAGCAGGGAGAAACGAAAGUCCAGCAGAGACAUUCAGAGUGGCAAUGAUGACGAGCUGCCAGAGUUGGGUUCCUUUAGUGCCGGCACCACGGCAAAGGGAAGCAGCGCCACCACCACCGAAAACGGCAGGAAUGCCGCGACCACGACCAAGAAAGAAACCAAAGAAGAGAAAGAAAAGCGAGACCGCAAGGAGAAGCGUCGGUCGACGAAAACCACAAAACGAGACGACAAAAGUGGAGGCGACGACCUACCGGGUUUAGGGGGGUGGUUUCAAGGUACCCUCGGUGCAAAUAAUGACGAAGAGCAAGAAAAGCGACAACGCAAGGAAAAACGCAAAUCCACCAGAACAAAACGUGACAAUGACGACGGCAUGCCCGAGUUGGGCUCAAUCGAAGGCUCCACUGCCACGAAGCCCGGUGAGGCCACAAAAGAGAUUGAAGCAGCAAAGAAAGAUAAGGACAAGAAGAAAGACAAGGAUAAGGAAAAGAAGAAAGACAAAGACAAGGAGAAGAAAGAAAAAGACAAGAAAGACAAGGAGAAGAAAGAAAAAGACAAGAAAGACAAGGAGAAGAAGGAUAAAAGCAAGAAGGACAAGGACAAGAAAGACGCGAAGAAGGCUACGACAACUACGAAGACCAGCCCGGCCAGUGACGAGCCGCACCAACCAGGGGCUUUGAUGUCGUUGAUUACGGGAUAGGCACUGUAGACUAAACUGAGAGAUUUGUUUGUACUCU